GGAGUGGGCACCGUGCCGGCAGCGGCCGUCCGGGCUUGCUGCUGUCAAACCUGUCUGGCAGCCCCGUGCCGGCUCCUCCUCGCCCCAGCGCCGGGCUCGGGCUCUUCCGCUCGGCCGAGCCACGUUUCCAGAGUCCCGGCGUGCCCCCAACAUCCCUGCGCCCCUGGGCCUGGGGGAGAGCAGCCCCAAGGCCCCCUGCCCUUGGAGACGGAGCCAUGAGCCUGCUGGGCCGGGGAAGGCAGAACCGAGUGGCCCUGGGCCUGUGCCCCUGCACCGAGCCCCCCCACGAGAUGGGGUAGACCCGAGUGCCAUGGGGAGCCUCUCUAGAGAGCCGGCUGCUCACUGCUUAGCAAACAAGCUGGGAGAAGAGCCCACCUUGGCUUAACUGGACCUUUCAAAGCAAAGUCAGGUGCAUCGGCAACCCCGGGGCGUGGUUCCUGGUGGAGGGUGACAUGGAUCCAGCCGGCCCUUCCAGCCACACGGAGCCCAUGGACCUCCUGGCUCCUUAUGCCGCAGAAGCUCCAGGAUGUAGGCCUGGAGAAAGCCUCUUUAGGAUUCAAGAUGCGAUUGUGUUCUCCGAUAAUUACACAGACCCGGGCAGUGCCUUGUACACCCAGUCCCCCUCGGGCCCGGAGGGCCACGGUGUUGGCAGCUGCUCCUUGGAAGUCGCUGCCGGGGACUGCGAGACGUCUCUGGAAGAAUUUGCUGGCCUGGGGGAUGGAGAGAUGCUGUGUGCCGUGGGGAAUGCACUUGAUUCGGAAAUCCCUGGGAACUCAGCUUGUGCGGAGAUCACAUCACUUGGUUCGGAAAUCCCUGCAGUGGAAUUUCCACCCCCUCCAGCGGAGAACCUGAAUGCUCAGGACGAGGGGAAGGAUGAUGCUGCCCAAGCACUGUUCUGGUCCGGGAUCCUCCAAGCUCAGCUGUGCGUGCUGGACCUGCAAGGGGAGCUGGAGAAGCAAGAAGAGCCUGUCGCUGAGCUAAGCAGCUGGUCCCAGGGUCCUGAGGAUGCACUGAGCCGCGUCCCGGCUGCACAGGGCUUGCCCAUCUCCGAGGAGCUGCUGGAUGAAAGAGCCACCGCGGCCAGCGACAGUGAUGACGGGCAAGAGGCCGGCACGGGGAGGCAGGAGGAGGAGAGCUGGUCGUCCGAGGGCGAGGAAGAGCAGUGCCUCUUCUACAACAACCCGCUCUUCCAGGAGAGCCCGGGUCCCGCGGGGCCCAGUCCCUCUGACGGCCCUGCCUUUUGGAGCGCUGCUGAGGGGGACCGCGCUGGUUCCAGCGAUGAGGCCGAUGGGGCUCCCCAGGGCGAGCCGGUGUCAGGCAGUCAGCAGGAGGAAGAGUGGUGCCCCUUCGCCGAGGCAACCGAACCGGGAGCCGAGGAUGAGACACCGGGCGAUUUCCCCGCCUACACAAUGCACUGCAGCACCUGGGCCCCCUUGGUGAUCACGGAACGGGACAUCGACGGGGCCUGCUCGAUGGCCGAGGAGCCGGAGGCCCCGGGCCGCUCCCCCGACCAGCUGGCAGAUGGAGCCGUCUGCCACCCCCCGGUUGUCCUGUGCAGCAUGGAGUCAGCUCUCAGUGAUGCACUAGACCCGGAGGAGGGCGGCUUGCUGUUUUCGGCUUCCAGCACCUCCAUGGUAUCGACCCUGCUGCACACCGAAGACUGGGACCACCCCAGCCCCUGCGAGCUCCAGCCUCCAAGUCCCUCUCCGGGUGGAGGCAGCUGGAGCCCCCAGGCCUCCCCGCAGCACACCACGGAACCGGCUCAGCACCAGGAGGCGGAUUUGGAGCUGCCAGCUCCUGGCCAUGACAGCCUGGCGCCCCCCUGUCUGGUGGCAAAGGCGUCCCAGAGCACUUCCUGCCCGCGAGGGGAAGUCACUGCGGCCGAGUCCCCGGCUGAGUCGCUCAACACGGCGGAGGGGAAGCCGGGCAGCGCAGCGCAGGGGCAGGACAUGGAGGAACUACCCCCCACGCUUGGAGAUGAGCCUGUGCUGGGGGAGGAGGGCAGGCUGGAGCCCACCCCGGGGUGUCCCAAGCAGGAGGAUGCAGGGGAGAAGCCAGGAGAUCUGGAAGCGCUGCAGCCCGACGGGGCCCUGCUUGCCAACGGGGCCUCUGGGGACCAGGGGGCCGCUCAGCGGCUGGCAGCGCGGCUCUACCACCUGGACGGCUUCAAGAGGUCGCAGGUGGCCUCCUACCUCAGGAAGAACAACGAGUUCAGCCGGCAGGUGACGGAGGAGUACCUCACCUUCUUCCAGUUCAGCGGGCAGACUCUGGACCGGGCGCUCAGGUCCUUCCUCAAGGCCUUCGUGCUGACUGGGGAGACGCAGGAGCGGGAGCGGAUCCUUGGACACUUCUCUAAGCGCUACCACCUCAGCAACCCCGACGCCUUCCCCUCGGCAGAUGCUGUGCACACCCUGACCUGCGCCCUCAUGCUGCUCAACACGGACCUGCACGGGCAGAACAUCGGCCGCAGCAUGACCUGCCACGAGUUUGUAACCAACCUGGAUGGCAUGAGAGACGGGCAGAACUUCCCCAAAGAUCAGCUCAAGGCCCUGUACUACUCCAUCCGCAACGAGAAGCUGGAGUGGGCCAUGGAUGAGGAGGAGCUGGUCAGCGCCCUGACGCCCCGGCCACCCAGCACCCCGUCCAGCCGGAAGAAAAGUAACCCCUUCCUGACGCUGACCCAGGACGCCAAGGCCACCACGUACAAGGAGGGGCAGCUUGCCCGCAAGGUGCACGCCGAAGCCGACGGCAAGAAGACACCCUGGGGGAAGCGAGGCUGGAAAACCUUCUACACAGUGCUCAAGGGGAUGGUGCUCUACUUCCUCAAGGACGAGACCCGGGCGGAGGCUCCAGGCAUGGAGGAGCCGAUCGGGGUGCACCAUGCGCUGGCCGAGAGAGCCUCCAAGUACAACAAGCGCCCGCAUGUCUUCCGCCUCCAGACGGCCGACUGGCGCAUCUUCCUCUUCCAGGCGCUAAGCGCCGAGGAGAUGAGCUCCUGGAUCUCCCGCAUCAACCUGGUGGCCGCCAUGUUCUCAUCCCCGCCCUUCCCGGCAGCCGUGGGCUCCCAGCGCAAGUUCAUCCGGCCCAUCCUGCCCACAGCACAGUGCCGCAGCUCCCUGGAGGAGCAGCACCAGGCCCAUGAGGCGUGCAUGGACAAGUUCUCGGAUGAGCUGGGCGAGCACCAGCGGAACCUGCCCGACAAGCGGGGCCGGGGCCGCGACCUGGAGGAGUAUCGGCUCAAGAAGGAGUAUCUGCUCUAUGAGAAGCGCCGCUACGAGACCUACGUGAAGCUGCUGGAGGCGCGUUUGUGCGGGGGCUCCGAGGCGCUGGAGCAGUGGGAAGCACGGCUCGGGGGUCCCGACUCGGCCGACGAGGGGCUCGGCCUCACCAAGUCGCACUCCAGCCCCUCGCUCAACCUGGACCCGCCGCCCGCUGGUGUGAAGGUCAAACGCAACAUCUCUGAGCGCAGGACGGUCCGCAAGAUCAUCCCCAAGCGCAACAAGCAGCUGCUGUGACCCCCCCUUCCCGCGGGGCGCCCAGGGACGCCCCCCGGGCACUCGCCCCAGCACAAGGUACGAGCCGUCGCCCGGACUGGAACCUGAGGCUCAUACAUGACGGCACCGACAGCACGGAGCCCCCAGGUGGCGCCAGCAUCUCAGCAAUGGGGGGGCAAUGGCGGCACCAGGAGUGGGUGCCCCCCCGGGGGGUCCCAGCCCAGGACUCUGAGCCCCCCCUGCCCUUGGAAUGGGAGGAGCACCGGGCCCCCCAUGUGUCGCCCCCAGGAGGCAGCGCUGCCUUGAUGGACCUGGGCUGGGCUGGGCUGGGGGACACCUGACACAGGACGGUACAUCCUGCCGGCUGAGCUGGGCUCUGGGGGCCCCCCAGGGCGCCGCACCCCCCACGCCGGCUCCUGAUUCCUGUUCUCACAGACUGGAAGCCGCCAGAGCAAUAAACCAGAGUGAGCUGUG